AUGUCCUUGUCAAGCACACCAGCCAGAUCGAGCCCGUAUACGCCUAGCAUAGCCGUCGCAGACCCUGCCCAACAGCCUAUGCAUACAGCGCAGAAGCGUCUAAGAUCAGAAGAUGAAGAGCAGGAAGCGCAAGCAAAGCGAGCGCGUAACGACUCUAUAACGACGGAGCAAGAGCAGUGUUACAACCACAACAAGCAGGCGAUCGAAGCUUGGUGUAAAAUGCAGCAAAUGCAAUCCAGCGCUCGCUGGUACGAGAAGCUUCACGCUUGGGAAACGAACGGACGUCGCGAUGUGAGACGCAAGUCACAGGCAACAGCAUCGCCGCCUGCUCCCAUAACCAUUACGCAAACGACGGCAAUGGAUUCUGCAGCCGAGAUCAUCCACAUCCGCCAGCAAUGGGGCGACCUAAAACCUGAUCAACGUACGCAUGCACUGGACAAAUUGGAAGUACCGGAGUGGCCGACUGAGGACUCUCUCGAGAAUAGUGUGAAGAGGCCGAAUGGAAUGUACAAGUGCAUGCACUCCGAGGGAAGCCACCAUAAGUGUUGCCGGGAAGGUGUUACUGCGGUUAAUAAGAAACAUGCUAUCGCUAAGCAGGUUCGAGUAUUCAAGAGCAAGGUAGAGGAUAUGGUGUUAAAGGGGAAUCUUUAUGUUGCGCAUAAGACUUGGCGGGAUUGGAAUAAGAAGAAUAAAGCGGAGUAUUCGACAGAGGCGGCGAGGUGGGAUAAGGUGUUGGCUGCUGUGCAAUGGGGAACGAAAGCAGGGCAAGGAGUUGCAAGGACGCUUACGAGGAGGACGAGUGUUAAGGCUUCUCGUCAUGGUGUUCCACAGCAACAUAGAUCACAGCCAUUCGUUGCAGCAGUAUUACCGGCUCAGCAGAUGUUCCCAUUGCAACAGGCUACCCACGCACACCCAGCGUCGCGGCAGUUCCAGCAUCAGUUCCCGAAGCAGCAGCCACUCCAUCAGUCAGUCAACCCCAGUAGUAUAGCUACAUCGCGAGUCCAGUCAGUAUCUCCGGUGCAACCUCAACCGCAACAUGUCUUCACCAAAACCCGAACUCAAAGUUUCACUCCCUCGGCCGUAUCCACAAGUCCAGCUUCAGUAACAAAGCAUGGAUUUGGCGGCCCCACGGUUGGUUAUGCUGGACCGCAACUGGGCAUGUCGCCUCGACAGCGGGCUCCAGCCUGCGCCUAUUCUCAAUACAGGUCGCAGGAAGAUGCAGUGAUUGCAUCUGCAACAGCGCCUGUAGUCGCUCGUCACGUGCCGCAAGUUACGCCACUACCGGGCCAGACACUGUCACCAGUCACUUCUGGACGAUCGCACUAUCCUAUUUACAGCCAGACCACGCUUCACUCCAUGGAUCGACAGCGACAGGAGCGCCAACAGCAACAGCAAGCUCCGCCGCAGCCUAGAAACCUGAAAAAGCAGCAAGCCGCCAUCCAGCUGCCACCAUCAGGCGCAGUGACAAAUUAUGUGAUCAAAACACGUCCAGCACCAACCCGGGUGACUACAAGCCCUAGUGCAAAGCCACAUCACACUUCGGCAUCCACUCUCACAUCACACAUGUCUUCCCCUGCGCAGACCCUCUCACCAGAUAGGUCUUCAGUCACGCUUGUAGCUGCAUCGCCUGUCUCACAAAGGUCUGCCGUAGACUACCGAACAGCAGCAGCACGCAUGCUCCAAAAGCUUAUCAAAGACUUUGAGCCUAUCGCGCUUGGCGGACUGAAGAUCACUAGGGUUGAUGUGAAUAGGGAUAUGAGUGGAUGUUUGCGCAGGCUGACGACGGCGCUGCAGUUGGAAGCUGAAGCUGAAGAAACCUUGCGGAAGGAGGCUGAGGAAGCUGCGCGGAUCGCUUCAAAGGUUGCUCUCCAUGCUGAUUUUGGAAACGCUGAUGGAGAUACGACUAACGCUGAGAUGAAUGCCAUCGAAGGCCAUGAACUAGACUUCCUCUUCUCCUCCACCCCCAUCCUUCCCACUCACAGCUUCCCCAUCGAUUUCGGCAACGUCGACAAAUAUCUCUUCGACACCAACCUGAAUAGCAACGAAUGGCGCCCGGAGAUCAUGCUUGAAUUACCACCUGACUUCGGUAGGAUGGAUCUCAUCGGCAUGACGCAAUGGGCUUUUGCUGAAAAUCCCUCACCAACACAACCGAGAGAAGACACAGCGCCGCAAGCCGAGACAGAGGAAGAAGAUUCAUUAGAAGACUUAAGUUACCCGGAAGCUUGGUUUAUAGAAGAUGUUGGACAGUUUGUGACUAGUGGUCCGAUACCUGAGUGGAUGCAACGGCCUACGACGAAUUUCACUUUAGAGCAAAAAUCGAAUUCUGGGUUGGAUAUAAUGACUCCGUCGGAUCCGCAGGACUGGCUGAGAAACCUCAGGGUCCAGCAGGAGGAAACGGAGGCGAAUCAGAGGCGAGCGCAUGGAGGUGUGCCGUGA